GUCUGGCCUUCUCUCUGCUGGCUUCACUGCCUCCCAGCUACGGCCUCUUCACAGCUUUCUUCCCCAUGCUAACAUACUUCUUCCUCGGUACUUCCAGACAUAUUUCCGUAGGCUCCUUCCCAGUCCUGAGCCUGAUGGUGGGAGCGGUGGUGACCCGCCUCGUUCCAGAAGUCGGACAACCGGCAAACAUCACUGGUUUUGAUGGUUUGACCCAGGACCAGCAGAGAGUCCUGGUGGCCUCUUCUGUGACCUUCCUCAUGGGGAUUUUCCAGCUUGCCAUGGGUGUCCUCCAGGUGGGCUUCAUCGUCAGGUACCUGUCCGAUACUCUGGUUUCCGGCUUCACCACAGCCGCUGCCGUCCACAUCCUGGUGUCCCAGCUCAAGUUUGUGUUGGGGUUAACCGUUCCAGGCAUCAACGGUCCACUCGCUCUCAUAUAUACCCUGGAGAAGGUCUUUGUCCAGAUCGCCUCCACCAACAUCUGCGACCUGGUGAUGUCCAUCGUGAUCAUGGUGGUGGUUUUCAUCGUGAAGGAGCUGAACGACCGAUACAAAGCCAGGCUUCCUGUUCCCAUCCCCAUAGAGGUUAUCAUGACUGUCAUAGCUUGCGGUGUUUCCUAUGGCUUCAACUUCGAGACGAGAUAUGAUGUUGAAGUUGUUGGCAAAAUGGUCAGUGGGUAUGAGUCUCCUAUUGCGCCAAAUAUUGAAGUAUUUCAGGAGAGUGCAGUUGAAGCUUUUCCCAUCGCCAUCGUGGGCUUUGCUGUUGCCUUCUCUGUGGCCAAAGUCUACUCGAUCAAACACGACUACACCAUCGAUGGAAACCAGGAGCUCAUUGCAUUUGGAGUGAGCAACAUGUUUGGUGCGAGCUUCAAGUCGUUUGCAGCCAGCACCGCUCUCUCCAGGACGGCCGUGCAGGAAAGCUCAGGAGGAAAAACACAGAUUGCAGGUCUGAUCUCUGCCAUGAUGGCCAUGAUUGUGACUGUGGCGCUCGGCUUCCUGCUGGAGCCUCUUCCCAGGGUGGUUUGGGUCGGGACGUGUCUGGGUGCCAUCCUGCUGGGUCUGGAUAUCGGUCUGGCGGUGGGGUUGGGGUUGGAGCUGCUCACUGUCGUCUUCAGGACUCAAUUCCCUCGCUGCUCUGUCUUGGUUAACAUCUCGGGGACAAACCUGUACAAAGACCGCAAAGAUUACCUGGAUAUAUUCGAACCAAACGGAGUAAAGAUCUUCAGGAUCCCCUCGCCUAUCUUCUUCGCUAAUAUCGAGUUCUUCAGGGACAAGUUGGUGGAAGCU